AUGGGGCGUGAGAGAGAGAGGAAGAGAGUGAUAUAGACAGAGAGAGCAAUAGAGAGAGAGAGAAAAGGGGGUGGCAGAGGGAGUAGGUUAAAUGGAUAUGAAAUGCUUUUGACAGUCACUAAAAAGUGACAAGUUGCAGCAGACAGCAGCAGAGAGCCCAAUAAUGGAGCCACAAGAGAUCAGAGAAGGAUACCUUGUUAAAAAGGGUACAGUGCUGAACUCCUGGAGUGCAGUGUGGGUGGUGUUGUCAGAAGAUGGCUUGGAUUACUAUAAAAAGAAAACAGAUCACUCACCGAAAGGGAUGAUCCCACUGAAAGGAGCAACACUCAUCAGUCCCUGUCAAGAUUUUAACAAGAGAACGCUGGUCUUCAAGAUCACUACAGAGAGGAAACAAGAUCACUUCUUUCAAGCCUCACACGUGGAGGAGAGAGAACUUUGGGUGAAGGACAUUAGGAGAAUCUUAUCCUGCCUGAACAAUGGGAAAAAGUUUGCUAGAAAGUCCACCAGACGCUCCAUUCGCCUGCCAGAGACAGUCAACCUUGCUGAGCUGUAUGCGCUGAUGAAAGACCAGGACGACGGAGUGAAGGAGUUAAAACUUGAGCAAGAUAAUCAAAUUUUCAACCACUGCUUCAGUGGUGCGACGGUAAUAGAGUGGCUGAUUUCGAAAGGGAAGGCAAGAAAUAGGCCAGAGGCACUCAUGCUAGCAACGGGGCUUCUGACUGAGGGCUUCCUCCAGCCUGCAGAUGACCUGUCAAAGGAGGGGGCAGAAGGCGGAGAGCAAACAACCUUCUUAGAACAGACAAAAGCUCUCUACUACUUUACAGACAGUGGGUUCUUCUGUGAAGGCUACUCCAGUGACGAAGAUGUUCUGCUGAAGGACGAAUUCAGGGGAAACAUCAUAAAACAAGGCUGCUUGCUCAAACAGGGACACAGAAGAAAAAACUGGAAGGUACGAAAGUUCAUACUUCGAGAUGACCCCGCUUAUAUGCACUAUUAUGAUCCUUCAAAGGGCGAUGACCCUUUAGGCUCAAUACAUCUCCGAGGAGCUGUGGUUACAGCUGUGGAGUACGUGCCUGAUGCCAAGAAGUACGACGUUGACGGCAACCUCUUUGAGAUUAUCACUUCAGAUGAGACUCACUAUUUCCUGCAAGCUGCAACAUCUGAAGAAAGAAAGGAGUGGAUCAAAGCAAUACAGACGGUGUCAAAAAGUGGAAAGUAAUGAAAGCAGUGAAGCAACAGGGGAAUAUCUGUCAACCACAGCUGUACCGAAACUGAUGUACUAUAAAACUUUUAUGCUCUUGUCUUUCAUUGUGAAGCAAGUAGUGAAUUUCACUUUUAUACACACGUUAUAUUUAUGCUUCUUUAUGCUAAAUUAAUGACAAUUUUUAUAGGAGGAAAAAAAGAAUCCUGAAGAAGUACUAUCUGUUAAUACCAGAUGAAUACUUUUAAAAAGCACUCUUAUGUAUUUGCAUAACUUAGACUUGCAAGUUAAAUGGACACAUGCUUUUGUUUGUGGAGAUGCAUAUCUCUGUCCUUUAUAUGAAAUAUUUAAAUAAGCUGGUUUGUGGACCAUUGAAGCAACAGGUUUUUGUCUUUUUUUCUAAACCAGUUUCACGCCUACAGAAUAAUUGCCUCAAUUAAAAUUUACAUGCAGCGGCAGUAAAACGUACUUCCUUGGAACAACAAACUGUUUUAACCUAUUUAUACCUAUUAUUAAUUCACAGUAGUUUCCCUUCCUCUUUGUUCAGUUUCAAAAAGUGUGAGAUAGUUGCUGUUAGCACACAAAUGCUUGGCUUCUGGGUGUGAACAAAGUCUGAGUUGCAUUCUGUCUUCACUGUUGCACAGCCACUGUGUAGCAUAGUGUAUGCCUGCUGCAUUUGUGUGACAGUUUAUCAGCGACAAAAAUGACUAGUUUGAGCUGGGGCAUGACUAGAUGGAAAAAAAAACCCACAGCAGAGAUGUCCACAUAUUUCAACAGAAGGUUUAAGGGCAGCUCAAAGUUGUUUGUUUGCAAAGCAGUAGCUUCAGACAAUACUACUUGUUUGACUUAAGGUUUGCUUUAAAUGUAAGUAUAGAAUAUGAAAAAUAAGCAGUACAUAUCUGUUGCCUGUCCUGUAAGAUUUAAACAUAUUGAGUGCAUUAUUGAUUGUGUGACCUUUCUAAAUUUAGCUAUGAAGUCUAAAGCCUAUUUUUUAUAACAGUAAUCCAACAUCAGGGGUGUAACUUAGUUUAAAGUACAACUGUUUGCUUUUUUGUGCUUUUCUGUUUGAAGCAAGUGACUAAAUGCUUUGAAUAAGUGAUAAAGUGGCGAUAUUUAUUUAAAUUAAAUCCACAUAGGAUUUCUGUAAGAGGUGACCGAUUUCUGUUGCUGGCAUUAGUUUUAACCACAACAUCUUUUGUAAAGAAUUCAUUGUCGUUCAUGGAGGCAUGUCAAAUGUCUUGAAUAACAUCGUCACGUCUAUGCAGCCAGACUCACUGACACCUAACACCCACUGACUUUCUCAGAUAAUGGUUUCAGCUUUGUGUUAAAAUAGUCUUGAUUACAGACUGCUAAAGCACACAGUGCAGGCUGUGUAUCACACCGCUGACAGUAAGCAAAUAACAAUACAGAAGUCUGAUAUAUCAUAAUUGGAACCCUGGGAUUGAGUGGUUUGCAGAGACUUUUGCAACAUUUGGCUGUACAAAACAAAACGAAAACAAAAGCAAUGCAUCUCUGUGAACAUCUUGGAGGAUGCAAUGACGACCACCAACGCUGUUGAUUUUAUUGCUCAUUCAAAUUUAUUACUUUCUGUGUGAAAAUUACUAAAAUAAACCAAACUAA